AUGUUACGUUUAAUACCUUCAUUUAUUCGACAAUCACCUUUCAUUAUAUAUCGUUCAGCUAGUCGAUCAUCAAAUUCUCGUUCACAUGAUGAACCUCGUGUUCGUCUUCAUCCAGGAAAUCAAUAUACAGUAGAAGAAAUUGCUCAAAAUAUUCCCAAAGAACGUAAACAUGAAAUUGAAAAAUUAUAUGAAUUUGAAAAACUUGAAAUUAAUAAUCAACCUUCAACACGUGAUGAAUAUCGUCAUCAUAUCAAUCGUGGAAAAACAGGUGUAUUUGAUUUAGAUGAUAUUGUUCAAAUACUUCGUGAUGAACGUAUGAAAGAUAUAUGUGUUAUUGAAAUUCCACCAGAACAACAAUAUGCUCGAUAUUUAGUAUUAGCUACUGCUUUUAGUGCUCGUCAUUUGAAAAGUACAAGUGAAUAUAUUAAUAAAUUAUAUAAAGCUAAAAAAAAACCAAGUGAUCCUUACUUAAGUAAUGAAUGUCGUGAUGGUACAAAAUGGCAUGCUAUGGAUAUGGGUUAUAUUGUUUUACAUUUAAUGGAUGCUGAAAUGCGUGAACAAAAUGAUCUUGAAACAUUAUGGUGUGUCGGUCCAAAAUAUGAUGAUCAAGUAUAUACAAUACAACAAUCAUUAGAUGAAAUUAAAAAAAUGGAUGAACAAUUAAAAGAAGAAGAAGUAUUAACAGCUGCUGAUAAAUAUCGACCACUUGAUAAUCCAUAUUCACAUGUUCGAUAUCCACUCGAAGGUCCAGGACUAUUUCAAGAUCCACCACCACGAAAACAUAUGACAUUAAGUGAUCUUCCACAUAAAAAAAAUGUAGAAGAACAAACAAAUAUUGAAGUUGAAAAAGAAUUUAUUGAUUUACCAAGUGAUCCAAAACCACCGGUUUAUAAAGGACAAAAAGUUAACUGA